GGCGCGCCGGAGCUGGGCGUGCGCGCGCCGCCGGGUCGGGUGCUGCCGGCAGCUGCAGCUGCGGGGAGAGGACGAGGGAGCGAUGUUGCUGGCGGCGCGUGCCGAUUACAUGGCGCCUUGGUGGGCGUCUUGGCUGCACGGGCUCCCCCACCUGAGCCUCAGCCUGCAGCCCGUGUCCAGCACCUUCCGGCCGAAGGACGCCGACUACCAACAGUCCUUGCUCGUCUUAGCCUUGGUGGGUGCUGUCUUUUUGGGCCUCAACUUGGUCUUCCUUGCUAUCUAUCUGAUUUGCCUGUGCUGCUGCAAGAGAGAGGAAGAGUCUGAGACCAAGAAGCUGAACUCCUGCUGCAUCACCUGGACUGCUGUGGUUGCUGGCCUCAUCUGCUGUGCUGCUGUUGGCAUCGGUUUCUAUGGCAACAGUGAAACCAACGAUGGGGUUUAUCAGCUGAUCUAUGCCCUUGAUAAUGCUAAUCACACGCUCUCUGGGGUUGAUUCACUGAUCUCCGGCACUGCUACACACAUGAAGGAGACCUUGGAGCAGCAUAUGGCUCGACUAAAUGAGAUCUUUGCCACUCGUGGUGACUAUGUGCAGACGCUCAAGUUCAUGCAGCAGAUGGCAGGCAACAUUGUCUUGCAGCUCUCAGGGCUCCCUGUCUGGGAGGAUGUUACUAUACGCCUGUCUCAGGUGACUACUGAAAUCAGCACUGUGGAGUAUUACAGGUGGCUCUCCUACCUCUUGCUAUUCAUCUUAGAUCUGGUGAUCUGCCUUAUUGCUUGCCUGGGGCUGGCUAAACACUCAAAGUAUCUGCUUAUUACGAUGCUGUGCUGUGGGCUGUUCACACUCAUUCUCAGCUGGGGCUCCUUUUCAGUGGAUGUUUCGGCAGCAGUGGGUACCAGUGAUUUCUGUGUAGCCCCGGACAAGAUCAUCCUGAACAUGACACAAAAUGGCCUCAGUGCAGAGAUCGUUCGCUAUUACCUGUAUUGCAGCCAGAGUCUGACCAGCCCCUUCCAGCAGGCUCUGACCAUCUACCAGCGUUCUCUCACUACUAUGCAGAUCCAGAUCCAGGGACUGAUGCAAUUUGCUACACCCAUUUUCCCUUCUGCUGAGAAACACCUCCUUGGCAUGCAGAAGCUACUCAACUCCUCGGAGACCAGCCUCCACCAACUAACUGCCAUGCUGGACUGCAGGGGCCUGCACAAGGAUUAUCUGGAUGCCUUGGUUGGGAUCUGCUAUGAUGGAGUAGAAGGCUUGCUGUACCUCAUCCUCUUUUCUCUGUUGGCUGCCCUGGCCUUCUCCACCAUCAUCUGCGCCAUGCCACGUGCCUGGAAGCAUUUAGCCAGCAGGGACCGCGAAUAUGAUGACAUAGAUGACGAAGACCCUUUCAAUCCACAAGCCCAGCGUAUUGCUUCCCACAACCCCACACGUGGGCAGCUUCGUAGUUUCUGCAGCAACAGUAGCAGCCUGGGCAGUCAGACCAGCCUCCACCCUCCUGCACAGACCAUCUCCAAUGCCCCAGUGUCUGAGUACAUGAACCAAGCUGUGCUCUUUGGUGGGAACCCACGCUAUGAAAACGUCCCACUGAUUGGAAGAGGAUCGCCUCCCCCCACGUAUUCUCCAAGUAUGCGAGCCACCUAUCUAUCGGUUAAUGAUGAUCACAGGCGACAGUACAGCAACGAAUUUCCAGCCUAGCACCCAGCUUGUAGAGCAAAACCCUCAGACAAUGUUACUAUAGUGGGACCUGACCAAAACUCAAGGUGCGUGGACUGCAGGGAACAGGAAUGCCUCCAUAGUGAAAUGGUAGAGAAGGGCAUUUGGAGAAGGCAUCAGCUGAUGAAGACACCCACUGGGAUCCUGGAUAAUCUUCCUAGAGGGGUAUCCUGUGUGUUCAAACUGGCAGCUUUUGUUCAUAAUUCUUAGUCUUCCUCUCUUGCACACAUCAGAUGGUACCCCAUAUCUCCAACCUCUGAGCUGACUGCUCUAAAGUCUUCUCCUGAUCUUAUCUCCUGCUCUUUUCCUGCCAUCAGUGCAUUGUAUUCCCCAUCCUCUUUUGGGAGGGAGGGGGCAGGGAGGAAGAGAUUUGGGACUGCCUCAAGUUUGUACAAAGGCUAUUAAUUCCUAUUUUCUUUUCCUUUGCACUGACCUUUGGGGCUGUGUCGUCCUUGGUUCGCAGUGUGUUUUGGGCUUCCUUUUUUUUAUUAGAGCAGAUAACAAGACCAGUACACUGUACAAGUAAAUAGAAUACUACAUGUGGUGUACAAUGGCCGUGAGGGAAACAGGAGCUGGCCACGAAACAGAAUGCGCCUUGCUGCUGAGUCAAUGCAAUAUCAAUCACUAGAGUGGAUUUUGCUUCUUUUUUUCCUGGAGAGGUCUUUUCUCAAAGCCUUCUGCUGGCUUGGCAUUGUACUACUUGAGCAUUAUGACCCUCCCUCUGUAGCGGCAGCUCAUUGGAAGAUACGGUACAAGAUCUGCACAAUAUUUUCCCUUCCUUACCAGUUUCCUUUGUUUGUGGGAUUAACGUGAAAUUCACCAGCCAUUCCUGUGGUGGCCUCAGGUAUUAUUUGAAAGAAACUGAUUUUUUUUUCAUUUGUGUAUGUUUCUAAUUUGUCAUUUUUUUAAAAAAAUUGUAUGUUAUUUUCUUACCAGCGUUUAUAUCAGCUAUCCAAAGAACACAAACAUAACCUGGACUUUUAAAAAGUUUUUUUUAACGGAAGGUUACUCAUGAUUUUUAUACAUUCAAGAAUCUUUUGCAGGUCAUUCCCCCCCCCCUUUUUUUUUGAAACACCAUUUUCUUAGGGAACAAAGCAAAAUUAGCUCUUAAGCUGCUGCAAAUAUUGUAUGUGAGAAACCUUUAACAAAAAUUCUUUAUUGUCAUUCUGUUGGGGACGGGCGAAGUAGCAUGGAAGAACCAGGUCUGAUUUAGUGUGUAAUGGCUCUAGAUUGCUGCAGUGAUGAUGGUAUUGACAAACAAUGCUGUUAGCCCAUUUUCUCCUAAACAAUGACUGUCUUCUUUCUCCUGAGAUGACAGCAGCUUAUGGCUAUAGAGGAUCUAGGAAGUAAUUCCAGCUAUCAACGCUUAUCAAGAAAACCUCACUAAACUAUAACUUCAGCGGUUGUUCACAUGAUUUCAGCUGUCAAUACAAAUAGAGCCUGAUUCUCACUUUUUUGUUUGGCUGUUGAGUGGACGUGAUCUUCUUUGACUUUCUCAGUCAGAGAAGGGGAUGUAUCCCCAGGUAGCAAGACUGGAUUGUUGGGAGAGGGAGGAGACUUCCAGGGAAUCAAAAUGAGUCCAAACGGAUGAGAUGGGAGUUUCUUCCACCCACAGGUACUCUGGUGCUGUCCUUUUAUGGGCCUAAUUUUUGACUUCUGCCUAAAACAAUUUAAUUUUUUGCAAAAUCAUCAAGGUUUUAUUUGUUUAGGCUGUGAUGAAUUUGCCCAAUAAACCAUUAAAAUGUUUGAAAGCAAUAUUAUAAACUCCUUCGUGGUAAUCCAAGGGGAUGGGUCCUACCUAUCCCAGCACAAACAGCCACAAAAUACUCCCAGACCUGAACACUACAGCUGAGACUUUCCAGAUGGUGUCAGUUACUGGAGCUUUGAACCUCACAUCCUUCAGAAUCACUGACAUCAACUUCUUUGUAGGAGUAACAGUGGUAAAUGCUGCAGAGAUACAACAGAUUUGCCUUCCUGUGCACACGAGGCUACAUGGAGGUUUUAAUUACUUGACAGCAAUGACUCACUGUGUCUUUUAUCAAGGAUAACUUGUACAUAUCAUGUAUGGUGACAACAUUUGUACAUCCAUCUUAUAUGUGACUGACUUCAACUUAGGGCAUGUGGAGGGGAAACCCUGAUCUUAUGCUUUUAAUCUUCUCAUUGUAACAGCACCGUUUAAAACUGUUUUUUAAAAAAACGCAUGUGAACUAACCUUAUCUCAGGCUCCUUUCAGGGCUAUGCCUGAUUUGUAUGUACUGGCUGGGAAGCAAACAAAUAAAGACUUGUACUAAAAAGUGA